UUGCAUAUAAUUGAGUUCGGCUGAAAAUUUUUCAAUUUUUAGUAUGUACAUGUACGUGAGCACCUUCAUGGGUACUUUGGCAUUGAAGUGGAAGGGGAGUCAUAGAGCUUUCGUGCAAGCUCCCUCCACUAAGUUUCGUGCUGCAUGCAAAUAGAAUAAACUAAGCAAAAGUGACAUGUUACUGACGUUAAAAAAUACUUAGCCUCGAGAUAAACAAAAAAAAAACAAAAUUCUAACAAAAUUUAUAAACUUUUGUUGAAAAAUUAAAUAAUUUAAAAACUGAAUUUAAUUGUGAAAAAUUAUCGUUACUGCUUUUUGACCGUCCGUUAGCAUACCAAUGCACACACACACACACAAACACUCUCACAGAACACCUUAGCAAUUUCUAACAUCGCAACCAACUUCAUUCCUUUAGACUUUUUGGUAAAGUUAAAAGCUCUUACAUUUACAAAGGAAAGUUCAAUGAAAGUUACACGCGCGGAUAAAUCCGUAAAUAUUUCAUAGUAGUUGGAUGUAGUAUCCGGAUAAGCAGCAUAUCUAUACUGUAAAAAAAAUAAAUAAAAAAGAAAAUAAAUAAUAAAAUCAAAAGCUCCAUCACUGGAAAGAGCACGUAAACUAACAAAAAUUGAAAGAAACAAAAAAAAAGAAAACACAUAAAAACAAAACAUAAAAAUAAUGACGAUGUGAAUAUUGAGCACAUGUUUCAGUAAAUACAAAAACAAAACAGUUCGCUUGCAUAUGUGCGCUUUAUAUUCAAAAAAAAAAAAUCAAACAAAAAAGAAAAUUCUGAACAAAAUAAGAAAUCGAAAAUCGUACGAGCACGAGAAAAAGGUGCACAUAAAUAUUUAAUCAUAUGCAUACUAUGCACAUCCGGUAAAAUAAAAAAUGGCAACCCGGUCACAUAAAUUACACGGUAACACGCGUGCAAUAAAUCUUACGAACGCUAUGCAACAACAAAUGCAAAUGCACAAGAACAACAAUGGACACAACAACAACAACAAUGAUAACAAUAAUUACAAAAAAUCAAAGAUAAAGCAUUCAAGUUCACGCGCGACCACAGCAACAGCAACAACAACAACAACACGACAACAAUGUUUUGAGUCUUUAAGUUCAUAUCAUGUGCAUGCAGUUGCCUUGAUAUUAGCGCUGACCUUAGCUCUAGCGCCCUCGUGUUGUGAUGCCUUUCAGCUGGAUGGUUCACAAAACUCUUUUGCCCAGUUCCGAAAGUGGUAUACGGGUCUCAAUGGUUCUUUGGAGCUUGAAUUUAAGACUGAACAGCCAAAUGGCUUGGUGCUGUACACAGACGAUGGUGGCACUUAUGACUUCUUCGAGCUGAAAUUGGUAGAAGGAGCCCUACGCUUGCGAUAUAAUCUCGGUGGUGGUGCUCAAAUUAUCACGGUUGGCAGAGAACUACACGAUGGACAUUGGCAUAAAGUGCAGGUACUUCGUAAUGAUGAACAAACCUCCUUAGCCGUAGAUGGUGUCACACAAAGUCGAAGUACGAAGGGCAAAGAAUUUCAAUUUGGCAAAUUUGCUACCAACUCAGAUAUUUACGUUGGCGGCAUGCCAAACUGGUACAGCACAAAGUUGGCACUCUUGGCACUGCCGAGUGUCAUAUUUGAGCCAAGAUUUCGUGGCGCUAUAAGAAAUUUGGUCUACGCAGAUCAGCCAGGCGGUUUGAAUCGCAGGCAAGAAAUGAAACAACCACGAGAUAUAAAGUGUGGCGAUGGACCGUGUGACCAUGGGGAAAACAAACUCAAUGAAAAAGUGUCGAGAGGUCCCAGAGGUAGUAAUACCACAGAUGCUUGUGAACGUCAUGACCCUUGUCAACAUGGUGGCAUAUGCAUAUCAACCGAUUCCGGCCCUAUAUGUGAAUGUAGAAAUUUGGAGUAUGAUGGUCAAUAUUGUGAAAAAGAAAAGGCACCAUCUGAAGCUACAUUUCGCGGUACACAGUUCCUUUCAUAUGAUCUUGGUCAAACUGGCGCUGAACCCAUUGUUAGUGCACAAGAUGCUAUAACGCUAUACUUUAGGACUAGACAACCAAAUGGUCUAUUAUUUUAUACAGGUCAUGGUACAGACUAUCUAAAUUUGGCACUACGCGAUGGUGGAGUAUCGCUUACAAUGGGCUUAGCCAAUGGCAAACAAGAAAUGCAUAUAAAACCAUCAAAAGUACGCUUUGAUGAUCAUCAAUGGCAUAAAGUAACGGUACAUCGUAGAAUACAGGAGAUAUCAUCCAUAACUAGUUUCUGUCGUUUGGUAACCGUAGUAGAUGACGUUUAUACAGAUCAUUCUCAUAUAGCCGGCAAAUUUACAAUGCUCUCAUCUUCAAGAGUUUAUGUGGGCGGUGCGGUCAAUCCGAGAGCAUUACUGGGAGCACGAGUCCAUAAUAACUUUGUGGGUUGUUUACGUAAAGUUGAAUUCUCUGCGGAUACGCUGUUACUUAAUCUAAUCGAUUUAGCUAAAAGUGGUUCGAAAUUAAUACAAGUGGCUGGUAAUGUCGAAUAUCAAUGUCCAAUCGGUGAUCCACAAGAUCCAGUCACAUUCACAACCAGGGAAUCUCAUUUAGUUCUACCACCUUGGGAAACUGGAAAGCAGAGUUCUAUAUCCUUUAAAUUCCGAACAAAAGAACCAAAUGGUUUGAUAAUCAUGGCCACUGGCUCGAAACAACCCAGAGCUAAAAACGCUGUACUUUUUGCUAUUGAAUUGUUAAACGGACACAUAUAUAUACAUCUGGACUUGGGUUCUGGUGCAGCUAAAGUACGCGCUUCACGUCGACGUGUAGAUGAUGGCGAUUGGCAUGAUUUAAUACUCAGACGCAAUGGUCGCGAUGCCAAAGUUAGUGUUGAUGGUGUGUGGAAUGAUUUCCGUACACCAGGUGAUGGCACUAUACUCGAAUUGGAUGGCCAUAUGUAUGUAGGUGGUACAGGUCCAGCUUAUAACAGUGUAGCUUGGCCAUCAGCAAUUUGGACUGCAACUUUAAGACAAGGAUUUGUUGGUUGUUUAAGAGAUUUAGUGCUAAGUGGUAAAGCUAUUGAUAUUGCAGCUUUCGCACGUUUACAGGAUUCUGCUUCCGUUAAACCAUCGUGUCAUGUUCAAGCAAAUGUUUGCACCGGAAAUCCAUGUCUAAACGGUGGUACCUGCAUUGAAGGUUGGAAUCGACCAAUAUGCGAUUGCUCAGCCACACUUUAUGGUGGCCCAACGUGUGGACGUGAAUCAGCGACUUUGGCUUUCAAUGGUAGUCAGCAUAUGACAGCUUGGCUAGGCAACGGACAGGGCACCAAGACCCAGACAGAGGAAUUAAUUUUACGAUUCAAGACAUCGCGUCCAUCAGGUUUACUUUUAUUAACAAGCGCUGAAUCAAAUUCACCAGAUCGUCUAGAGAUUGCACUAGUUGCUGGACGUAUACGUGCCAGUGUACGGCUAAGUGAUCGAGAAAAGAACCUUCUCGCUGGCCAAUCAGUAUUGAAUGAUAAUAACUGGCACACAAUACGCUUCUCGCGUAGGGCAUCAAAUCUACGGCUACAAGUUGACGGGGCUCCCCCUGUCAGGGGUAUGUUAUGUAUGUAUCAACAGCACUUCUAUUGCCCUACUACGUGUCGUGCCGUGUCGUUUUUUUAAACUUACAAAAAAAAAAGAACAUAAAACCAAAAUAAUUGCAAGAAAAAUACUCAUUUUAUAGUAAUUUUAACCGAUUUCUUAGAAGCAUCUGUAAAUCGGGCUUUGUUUCGCUUUGUGAUGUCCGUAUGUUCAAGUAUAAAAGACUCAGUGUAAAUAAUACCAAACCAAUUAAGUUUGAGAAGAUUAUUUUGUAAGGAUAACAAAUAUUUCAUGACUAGGCUUCUAGGAUAUUAGCAUACAUAAACUUGAAUAUAUGUUUCAUAUAAGAAUGCAUUUCUCAU